AAAAUUGGUCGCCAUCUUGCCGUUCGGUGAAUGAAGCAAGUUUGGCAGAGAAAAAGUGCUGUUUUGGCGACAGCCGGAUGCAAAAUAGUGGAAAAAUUGGAGUAAUGAUGUAAAAAUCUGCCGUAAAAUAGUGUAAAAUGAAAGUAGAUCGGAUGUUUUCGUUGCGCAACCCAAAUGUGAUCAGCAAAAUAGAGUGGAAAUGGAGGAAAAAUGGUUUUGAAAAAGCGAGCGCCAAGCGUCCUGAAAUAGUGUAGAUCACUUGCAAAAACGCUUUAUUUCGGUAGUAAACUGUUGUGAAAGUGAAUAAUUGAGAUUGUUGAACUGCGAGAAUAACAAAAUAAUAGGAAAGUGUGGUCCACAGGAUUCAGGGAUUAUUCAAAAACUGAUUCUAACACCUUAGAAGACAUUGAAGAAAACGUGCAACGUAAUACAACAUGUUUUACGCUCACAUUGUGCUGGCCAAGAAGGGCCCUCUGGCCCGGAUCUGGUUGGCUGCCCAUUGGGACAAAAAAAUUACCAAGGCUCAUGUGUUCGAGACUAACAUCGAACAGUCGGUGGAUGGUAUCAUGCAGCCAAAGGUGAAAUUGGCUCUGCGAACAUCUGGCCAUUUAUUGCUCGGUGUUGUCCGGAUAUACGCCCGAAAGGCCAAAUAUCUGCUAGCCGAUUGUAAUGAAGCUUUCGUCAAGAUUAAGAUGGCUUUCCGACCUGGAAUGGUUGAUCUGCCGGAAGAGCAUCGGGAGGCGGCUGUCAAUGCCAUUACGUUGCCGGAAGUUUUUCAUGACUUUGAUACGCCGCUUCCCGAGUUGAAUGACGUUGACAUCGAGGCUCACUUUUCCAUCAACCAAUCCCGUGCCGAUGAAAUCACGAUGCGCGAAGACUACGGCACCUUACCGAUGAACAUUCACGACGAUGGCUUCGGCGAUAUGGGAUUCGACGACACACCGGAUAUUGUCCGUGAACGAAUUGAGGAGCCGAUGGAGGAAGUGGAAGACGCACCGGAGGCGUCGCUGGUGGACGCGGAUAUGAUAACGGGUGAAAGUAAGCUGGCAACAGAGCUUGUAAGCAGCGGAACGGACAGUUCCGGCAAGGAAAAACCGGACAAGAAGGGCCUUCGAGCCCGCGCUAAAAGUCUGUACGAAGAGCUAAGCGAACAACCGCCCCAGGAUACCCGAUGGAACGAGUAUCUUGAUGACCUUUUCACCGAUCCGGUAGCACCGCCUCCUGAUCUGGAACAGGAGAAGGAACCGCUGCCGGGCACCUCUCGCUCUCUGCUGGAAUCGUUCGAUCCGCAUCAUCCGCACGGUGUGGACAACGAUGGAUUCGGUGACGAAGGUUUCGGUGCCGAACCGGCAGCCGGACUGUUCGAGGGAGACAUUUUUGAGGACGCUCGGUUGGCACCGGAACCGGAACUGCCGGACGCACCGGCUCAAGUACAACGAGGAGAGGAAAAUGAUAGUGACGAUGAUGACGACGAUCACUUCGAUGCGGGCGGUGCGCCUUCGCCCGCUGCCAGUUCGGACGGUUCACGGCCACCGUCGCCAAUCAUGACGCAGCAGUUACUGGAUGAGCUGGAGAAACCUGGAACCAGUCAAAUUCAGGGUCCUACGAAGGCACCCAUAUAUCAUGAUGCAGCAGCACUGGAAGCCCCAGCUACACCUGCAUCCGAUCCACAUCACGAUGAAGGUGACAGAAGAAUGGACACCGCACCGGAACGGUCUGGUGAAAUAGGGGCCAUGGAUGAAGAGGGUGACCAUGCAGAGCAAACAACUCUAUUACAAAACGAAGAGGAAAGUUUCGCACUAGCACCGGUGGAUGCUUCCGCAUUGAAAGGUGUAACAAAAAGUAAGCGGAAGCGAAAGCUGAUUGUGGAUGAGGUCAAAAACAUCAGUGGGGAAGAAAUGAAAAGUCAGCUUGCAAACACUUCGGACAUAGUGACGACACUGGAUCUGGCACCUCCAACGAAACGGUUGAUGUACUGGAAGGAAACUGGUGGAGUGGAGAAAUUAUUUGCAUUGCCUUCACGUGAUAUCCCAGCGCGGUGUCUGUUCAAAAAUUAUCAACGUCAUUUGACCUCCCGAUCGAUAGGUAUCGAAGAUUUUACGGUUCUCGGUCCUUUGGAUGUGUUGGGUGUCGAACAGCAGCAACCAGAACGACCGGAAUCUCCGGUGGCUCAACGGCGCGGCAGGAAGCGGAAGCAACUGGAACUGCUGCCCCCAGAAACACCUGCCACGCCGAUGAUGCCAAUGACACCAGCAACACCGGCUCACCUGGAUCAGACAUCUGUCGAUCAGAUGCGAGAAGCGAUUGAUAUGCCACCACCAACACCAAUCUCGAUGGAGUUACGUGAUCAAGAGAUUUGUCCUGAUAUCAGUCAAAAUUACCCGAUGGAUGGAAGCAUGAUGCCACCACCUGCUACUCCAGGCCUCAGUCAUCUGGGCAGUCCAAAUCUAGGAAUGCACACACCGCAAAUGAUGCCACCUACACCGGGAAUGCCAACAAUCCCGAUGACUCCGGGAGGGUUGGACCACGGUGGUUUAAGUCUGGCGGGUUUACCCCACGGAGGUUUAACACCAAGCGACUUGCACCAUGGUGGUAUGACUCCGGUCGGUUUGCAGCAUGGUGGAAUGACACCAGUCGGACUGCAGCACGGUGGCAUGACUCCUGCCGGGUUACAACAUGGAGAAAUGACUCCUGGCGUUCUGCAGCAUGGUGGAAUGACUCCUGCCGGAUUGCAGCACGGUGGAAUGACUCCUGCCGGAUUGCAACACGGUGACUCCGGUCACGUUAUGCCGGACCUGCCAGGAGCGAUGACACCGCAUGGGUUGGAUCAUGGUGGAAUGACUCCACAUCAUGCCAGCUUGGAGAGUAUCGAUCAGAUUCCAAAUCUUCCAGCCGAUCAGGUUUCAUCGAUUUUGAACGAACCAGGAAUGGAGAACUUCUCCAACAUGGGUUACGAGGCUCAUUCGCAUUCGCCUGCACGGGGUGUCCUUGCCGAUGACGUACACAACGAAUGGAACCAAGAUUAUGAGUUCCCUAAUUCGGUGGGAGCGCAACAAGCCAGCGAAGAGCAGCAAAUCGACGAAACGAUUGAACAGUUCGAAGAACGUGUAUUGAACAAGCGUGCUGCACAGCUGUUUCUUUCGGUUCGCACUCGACUACUCAAGUCCGACAAUAUGGUUCUGUCAGAUAUGACACAUCGAAACAACAAAAAACAGGCGGCUCAAAAAUUCUACUCCCUGCUUGUGUUGAAAAAGUUCAAAGCCCUGGAAAUCUCGCAACCUAAACCGUACGAUGAUAUUCUUAUCAGUCGAGGUCCAAUGUUCGAUAAUCCCAAGUUAUAAGUUGUUGUCCGCAUGGUUCUGUUUAGCAGGCUUAAGCUUAACAGCGACACUAUUCAGUUUAAGGUUAAAAAUAAGUAUUUUGUUAGUAUAUUAAGAAGAAAGAUGUUAUUUCAGUAGGAUUUUAAGUUGAACAUGGAAAAUUCAAUAGCUUGUAAAUAACAUAAAGUAAUAAUUUAAUCUUAUAGGAAGAAAAACACCGAAAUUUCUUAUCAACAAUUUGGAUCAUUUGCUUGCCAAUGAAAUUUUCCAACUUGUUGAAGGUGGCCCGGAUUGUUGCUCUCAAAUGAUGUUGACUCGAGUAAAGUUUGUAUAAUUUAUCAUCUCUGUGCUGUUUCAGCACAUUUAGCACGAAAGCAUGAUGUGUUAUUUCAUCACAAUGAGUUUUUUUCUGCGCAGGCCACAUGCUUUUGCUUAAAUGAUAAGCGGAUAAAGCUGUAAAGAGAUGAAUAUGCUUUUUAUGUAAAUAUUUGUCUAUUGGAUAGGAUGAACAUUUACGCUACAAAAAUAAGCGGAUGUUGAUAGCAAAAGUACUAACGAACAAAACUAAACGAUAAGAAAGAAACGAAAAAUUUCAACAAAUUUGUUUGAGAACUGCUGACUUGCACUUUUGCUUAGCGUAAAGGCGGAAGCCACCGGAAUCUCAAACAAGAACUAUUUGAGCUGCAUUUAUUGUACUGUUUUGAGCCGAGCAAGUCAAACUAUAGAAUAAAAGAGGUUUUUUUUUGUUAUUAUGUUUUGUCGAUAAGAGCACAGUUUAUAUUUGGUAAUCGAAAAUACAUAGUUGGUUAAUCUUUUCCAUCGGUACACAAGAAUGCUAGAUUUGAAACGAUUAACUGAUUGUACUUUUUCAUGUAAUAAGUACUGUACAAAACUUAAACGAGUUAAAAUAAAGUAAAACUUACAUACCUAGUA